AUGUGUAUCAAUUCUUGCGUUGGAUUUACCAGACCCUUUUCCAAGGAUAUUGUUUGCCCCACAUGUGGAGAAUCACGAUAUGAAGAGAUCAGAAAUGCAGAGAUUCUGAGGAAACAAUUUCAUACAAUUCCACUUGCACCUCAGCUCCAGGCCCUUUGGCGGUCUCCAGAAAGCGCAGCACAUCUCAAAUAUCACCAAGAAUAUACAGCAAAGAUUUUGCAUGAGCUGGAAGCAAAUGGAGGUGAAAGAAUAUCGCCUUAUCGUGAUUUCUUUGACAGAGUGGAUUACCUUCAACUUCACAUUGAUGGGAAGAUUGCUCAGGGUGAUAUGGUCCUUCUCUUGUCUAUGGAUGGAGCACAAUUAUAUUGGAACAAAGCAUCCGAGUGCUGGAUAUAUAUCUGGAUUAUCCUUGACCACUCCCCAAAUUUUCGUUACAAGAAGCGACAUGUUCUGCCUGGUGGAUUUAUUCCAGGACCAGAUAAGUCAAAGAACUUGGAUAGCUUCAUGUUCCCUGGCCUUUACCAUCUUUCGGCACUUCAAAAGGAAGGACUGCAAAUUUGGGAUCAAGAGAGAGAAAAAGAGAAGAGCACCCGUCCAAAUGUUGCAUAG